AUGAAACGAUUAGAAAGAAUUUAUUUGAUGAAUGUUAUUCUUUAUUUACCAACAAUAAAUGAGCUAAUUAAUUUUUUACAAGUUAGUAAGAAUUGUUAUGAGUCAUUUCAAAUGAUGCACGCAAAUCCAAAUUAUUCAUUAAUAACACAAACAAAAGAAUUACAAAUGUUUAAAAAUUGUAAGUCAUUACAAACAGUUAAUGGAGAGUUGAGUAAUAUUACAACAUUUGAAUGUAAUUUUAAUGCUACUGUUAGAGUACCAGAAAAAAGAAGUUAUAAAGUAGUGGAUAAUACAAUUACAUAUUUAAAUGAAUUAAUUAAAUACUCUUCAAAAAUUAUUAAAUUAAAAAUAAUAACAAAUAGAAGUGAUUUUGAAAUACAUUGGAUUACAUUUAGUCAAUUAAAUGAUUUAACUAUUGAAUUUUUUGGUGAUAGUUAUUAUUAUUUAUAUGACGAUGAUAGAAACACUACACAAACCCCUCAAACUUUAACUUUUGUUUUUCUUAACAAAUGGAAUUUUGAAGAAUUAAAACAACUUCAAAGUCUUAAAAGAAUUUGUAUUAAAUCAGCAUAUUUUAAUAAUAACGCACCUAGAUUAGAACCUCUAAUUGCUUGUGAUAAAAUAAUUCAAAUUGCAGAUAAAAGAAGAAAAAUUUAUUUUUAUGGAAAUGACCUUAAUGUAAAAUCACCUAACAAAAAUGUUAUUAUUAUGUCCAAUUCAUUAACUGAAGAUAUUCAUACUAUUUCUUCAAAAGAUGCAUGGUCUAGAAUUGAUAAACUUCAUUUUGAUUUAUUUGUUAGAGAUUGGCAAAAAUAUUUUCCAAUGAAAACAUUACUUUUUUUAUCUAAACCUCUCAGUGACCUUUCUUCAGUUAAUUCUCUUGUUGAAAUAGAAAUUGGUGGUUCAAUGCAUCCUUUUAAAUUUAUUCUUCCUAAAAACAUUAAAAAAAUAACAAUAAUAGGAGAUUUAAAUAUUAUUGAUGUUUCUUUGUGUAGUAGUCUUGAACUUAAAAUACAAUCACCUGACAUUACUAUACUGCCUUCUAAAAAAAAAAUUGUUUCUAUUAUUAUUGAUUGUCCUGAUCUUAUUCAAAAAGACUUAACUAAUCUACGUCAAUUCGAAUCAUUGGAAACUCUUGUUUUAAAUAAUUAUUCUAAUUCUAUUAUUCUUCCUGAUCUCCCAGGUGUCAAUAUCACUAUACAUAAUAAAUUAAAAAAACAACCUUUAAUUAAACUUAGUGAAGAACCAAAGAAAAAAAUUUCUCAUUGCCUUAUUAAUUGA